GGCGUGAGACAGAGAUAUACUGUAGGGAGGGAAAGCGUGGGCAAAGGCAAAGGUAAAAAAGAAGAAGGGAGAGAUAUACGCUGGCAUCUGGGACAACAUCAGUUCUACUUUCUUUUCACUGAAAAAGUUUUACUUCUUGAUAAAAAUGAGGCUCAACCAUAACUGCUCUACAGGCUUGAAUGAGACCAUUGUAAGUAGUUCAUCAGCUACAAGCAUCGGCGCCCUCAUCCUCACCUUUGUUUUCCUGUUGGGAUGUCCUGGAAAUAUAUUCGUCAUCUGGAGCAUCCUGGCACGAGCCCGACAGCAAUCUGUCACUACCCUCCUCAUCCUCAACCUAGCUAUCGCGGAUGGCUCUCUGAUGGCUCUUACCCCUUUCUUCAUCGCCUACCUGGUUAUGAUGAACUGGGUGUUGGGGAAUGUGAUGUGUAAAGUCCUCUUCUACCUCUGUUUGGCCAACAUGUACGCUUCCAUCCAGCUGAUAAUGCUGAUGAGCGUUUACAGGCUGGUGUCGGUGGUGUGGCCCAAACGCAUCAGCGUGAUCACUGGCAAGAAGACCAUCAUGAGAGUGUUAGGAGUGAUGUGGAUGCUCGUAAUUGUUGCGUCUAUUCCUGCGCUAAUCUACCGAAACGUUAGGUGUAAAAAGAAUCAUCCAGGUUAUGUUUGUGAUUCAUUCCAUGACACAAACGGCGAGGUGGUUCUGCAGUACACACUUGAGCUCGUUUUGGGCUUUGUAGUACCUUAUGGAGUCAUUGUAGUCAGCUACAUUCUCAUUUUAAGAAAGAUCCGGCAGACAAAAUUUCGCCGUCGGAUACGAAGUGAAAAGCUCAUCCUGGCCAUCGUGGUGACCUUCUGCCUGUUCUGGGUGCCCUACCACGUCAUCAACAUGGUGCAAGUCGCAUGGGCUUUAUCUCCAGAAGGCUCACCAAAAAAAAAACUGUUGGGUUUAAUAUGGCAAAGGGGUCGUGCUGUUACCUCCACCAUCGCCUUCAUCAGCAGCUGUGCCAACCCGGUGCUCUACUUCUUCGCAGGAAAGUCCUACAUCAGAAGGGAGGGGCUGGAAUUCAUGGCUCGCUUGUUCGAGGGCACGGCUUUGGACUUCGGUAGAAAGAGCCGCAUGAGCAGCCAGAACAGCCGAGACAAAGACAAAGAUGCAGAAGUUGUGCUCAAAGACAAAGGAGACUCUUCUACAAACUAAAGUUCUAAUGUCAAGGCAACAAGACUUAAAUCUUUCAAUCUUCAUUGCGUCCAGUCAUAACUUCAGCAUACUUUAUGAAGACUUAAAACUGAACAACAACUCCUAAUAUUUAGCUGAGUGCUGGAAAGCUCACAGUCACAUCUACUUGAUGCUCUGGGACACAAAGAUGCGGUAACAGGAUAAGAGCCAUGCCCAGGGUCCCAGAGUUGCAGUCUGUGGCAUUUAGACUGGGUAUCCCCUGCAUCCUUCCUUAAAGGUCAAGCACUGCUCUAACCCCAUCUCGUAAUAUGUUGUUGAUGGUGCAUAAGAAAAUAUUGCAAUAUAAAAUGAACAGCAUGCAUAAACUUCCAUAAACUUCGCAGCAAUCUUCCAAGAUCUGCAUCCCAAAUUUUGACAAUUUUUAAGGUUCAUAUAAAUAUAAAUAUUUAUGCAUCUGCUGUAGUUUUGUAUAAGUUUUUCCUGAUGGAUUAUCCUUAGGAUGUUUAUUUAGUCCUUUUUUCCACUUUACAUAAUAACCUUUGCCAAGGUAUUUUCACUUGUACUAGUCAUCUUAGACUUAUCUGGUACCAGGUUGCAGGGGAAAACACUCUAAACAUAGACUUCCCCCUCCCUAGACACCUCCUCCAGGUUCUCUGGGGAGAAUUCUGAGGUGUUUCAGGGCAGCUGAGAGUCAUAAUCCUUCCAGUGUGUCUUGUGCGGUCCUCUAAGCCUCCUGCUGGUUUGAAGUGCCUGAAAGACCUCCCUAAGAGCCGUCCAUGGAGCAUCCGCAAAAGUGACAUAGCUGACUCGUAUCCAUCUUCUCCUUCAAGGAUUGCCAAACUACUCACCCUAGGAGAGGACCCAAUGGAAGCUCAUUUUGGCUGCUUGAAUCUGGGAACUUCAGUCAUGACCCAGAUUUCAUGACCAUAGAUGCAUUUUUGUGGAUGAUGCGGUUGUGCUUUCUUAUUCUUGCCAAUCCUGCAGCUGUAAUUAGGGUGAGCUCCUCCAGGUCUGAGACUAUGGCUAUCGACCGAAAAAAAUGGCUUCCCCCUUCAGGUUGGAGAAGAGCACCUGCCUCAAGUGGUGGAGUUGAAGUGUUUUGGAAUCCUGUUCAUUUGCCAAGGUUUCACUAAAAAAGAUGUAUUUUUUCCCCAAGUUUCUAAAUAGUUCUAUUUUUACAGAAUUUUUUUUUAUAAAACAAAAUGAUUAUAUGUUUUAUUGUGUCAGAGCAAAUAAUUUAUAUUAAAGGAGAAUAUUGGUCUCAAUUUAUCAUUCCUCUAAUGUUUAUAUUAUGAUGCUACUGUUACCUAAGAAGGUCUUUCUGCAUUUUCUUCAGCUGACUUUUUUAUAUUUCCCCUCCAGGCC